GGUGGCCGCGGGGUGGCCGAGGCUCAGCCCCACACGACGGGGCUGUCGGAGCGCUCCGAUGGGGCGGAAGCCGCCGGCGACCGCCGCUUUCUGGCAGAAAACAAAUCAGGCAGAUGUAGAGAAUUUAUCUACAUAUGUGCCUAUGUGUAUCUCACUGUAAGGUAACUGUUGAAUCACAGCCUGAAGCACUGAUAGAGCACCUGAGGAAAUGACCAGGUGGAUUUGCACUAAAACAUCAAAGAAAGAGAAGUACUUGAUUCCUUUGCUGCUCUGCAGGUUGGGAAGAGGAGACAGAAAAGAGGACUAACUGGCGUUCAUCAGGGAUUGAUAUUCCUGUCAUUUUUGCCAGUGCAGAUGAGGAUGACCUGUUGGAUCAUUGUCUCACUUACUACAGACUAGAAAGGAUAUGGCUAAGAUAACUUCACAUAGGUGGCUUAAUUCUGAAUGUCUACAAAAGCUGAAAGGUCUUACUGUGAUCCUCUUUGUACAGUUGAAGCCCACUGAGUGUGCAGAAUCAGAUCUCAACAGAUUUUGCAGGAAGUGCUUCUUGACAGCUAUGCGGGAAAGUGGAACUCAUUGUCCUCUCUGCCGGGGGAGUGUGACUAAAAAAGAAAGAUCAUAUCCCAAAAGGGCUCUAGAUGUCGAAAACAGUAUGAAGAAAGCUUCCGGGGGCUGUAGAUGCUGUGAGAAGCAGAAAAAUUAUAUAUUAUCAGAACACAAUAUAAAACAAUUUUGCUCUGCACAAAAUAGGAGUGGACUAGAGAAGGAUGAAGGAGCAGUUGUGCAUUAUCCCAUCCUCAUGGCCCGUCUCUGUGGUAGCUCCUCAGUGAUUGAUCUUCAGCGUGAGAGUUUGAAGGUUAGGUUUUCGUGGAUGAGACAGCAUUAUAAAACGUGUAAGAAGUAUCAGGAUGAAUACGGUGUUCCUUCUGUUAUUCCAAAAUUACAGAUUACCCAGGAUUCAACAGGGAACAGUAGCAGGAAUGAUGCAGUAUCAGCUAAUGGAGAGAUGGCUACUAAUCAAAUGCGCCAAGGAAAUACAAGUGGACAUCCAACUUUCAAAUGCCCCUUGUGUCAGGAAGCCAAUUUUACCAGACAACGCUUGCUGGAUCACUGUAAUAAUAGGCAUCUUUAUCAGAUAGUUCCUGUAAUCUGUCCUAUUUGUGUAUCUCUCCCUUGGGCAGAUUCUAGCCAGGUUACCAGAAAUCUUGUUAGCCAUCUAAAUCUAAGACACCAGUUUGACUAUGGAGAAUUUGUGAAUUAUCAGCUUGAUGAAGAAGCCCAGUACCGAAAUGCAGUUCAAGAAUCCUGUCAUGUGAACUUUUAAAGAAUGGAUUUCUGUCUUACUGGUUAUCCUAGAGGAAAAAUUACAUGAUUUGUUGGUAAUCUGAAACCUGUAUUAAUAACAAAUGGCUUAAUUUUUUCCAUGUUGAUAAGAACUUUUUAUAUAUGGUUUUACUGAAACUCAAACUUGAUAUUUUUAAUAAGAUCAGGCUCUUGGAAUCAGAGACCUUCCUGGAACAACUUUGUCUUCAUUGUUUCUAACUUCUACUACUCUUAAUCACAGUUUCUUUUACUAAUGCUGGAUAUUCUGAUUGACCAAUAACAACUUUGAAAACAGCAUUUUUAGAGAUGCAAAGAUGCUCUGUUGCACUGUUGAAUUUAAGUUCAUCUUUUGUCUCUAAGAUAGCUGCAGGUUAACAAUUUGUGUUGUCCUCCUGCCUGAGGACAAAGUUUUAUUUGAUGUUGUGAUUUGUUCCUUGCCAUUACUAUGUAAAUGAAAACAGUGCCAGUGUAAGAAAUCAAAAUACUUGUUUUGUAUAGAUUAGCAAUGCAGAGGUUUCUUUCACUAAGAAAGAAUGGUGCCAUUGCCUGGGAAUGAUUGCAUCUAUUUUCUUCCCCUUUUUGAGCAUAACUGAAGUAGGACACUUGAUUAGACAACUGAAUGGAGAGUUUUCUCCAUCCUCCUAACUAUCAGUCAAGGUAGCCCCCCUGCUAUAGAAUCACAGAAUCACAGAAUUGUAGGGGUUGGAAGGGACCUCCAGAGAUCAUCGAGUCCAACCCCCCUGCCAAAGCAGGUUCCCUACAGUAGGGAACAGUACAUACUUUCUGAGCAAUUCAUGAUGGCAUGCAAGAGGUGUACUUUCUUGGUAUGUGAGUAUGUGACUAGCUAGUUUUUUGUUUCAUUGGAGGUUUUUAAAAACUUCAGUAGUUUUAGGAAUUUAAGUCACCGUCUGUGCUGUCUCUCACAGCAGACUGUGUAAGUAGAGCAUUUAUUGGCUUCGGACAAAUUGGUGCUCAGAAAUGAACUUGUUUAUUUUGGUAAAGCUGUUUAAUAUGUGGACAUCUGCUGCAUUCAAAGGCUUGAAAAAACAGUUGAGGAGAAUCUUGCUGUAAAUUAAUUACUAACAUUCUGUUAUUCUUGAUAUCCACGUUCUCAGCAAGACUGCCAUUAAAAUUGGUGGGGAAAAAAAAAAAAAAAAAAGAGAAAA